UCAAACCAAGAUGGCGGCGCCGGUGGUGAAGUCGUGAUACCGGGAAACACAACAUUUUAAAACAAAACAUUGAAAAAAACAGAACAUUAUUAUCAUUUUGUAUCAUGGCUCAUUGGGUUUAUGUCUUUGGGAUGACAACGCGGGAACAAAGCAGGCGGAAUUGAAUCACAAAGAACCAUGCAGGUGUCAGUGAUGAGGCUGGCUCUGUACCCACUGACUGUAGCCUCUCCUUUCCUAAGAACACUUCCACGCCUCUUGUCGCCCAGCACCCGCUCCCUGUUCAGUGAGACAGGAGUAUGGGAGAAGGACUAUCGGACAGAGACGCGGCGCAGGGUGGAAGAAUGGUGGCACCCACGUAUUGUGGCACAGUGGCAAAAGCAUGGACUCGAUGAUGCUUCCAAUAAGAAGAAGUUUUAUGUCCUCUCCAUGUUUCCAUACCCCUCUGGACGACUGCACAUGGGCCACGUGCGCGUGUAUACAAUCAGUGACACCAUCGGCCAUUUCCAGAGAAUGAGAGGCCACCAGGUGUUGAAUCCAAUGGGUUGGGAUUCUUUUGGACUUCCGGCGGAGAACGCUGCCAUUGAGCGAGGCCUUGAUCCAGAAGAGUGGACGAAAAGUAAUAUCAAAUCAAUGCGGGAGCAACUGGACAGCCUUGGCCUUUGCUUUAGCUGGGACCGGGAAGUGAGCACUAGUCUUCCAGAGUACUACAGGUGGACGCAGUAUCUGUUUAUUAAGCUUUUUGAAGCAGGUCUGGCAUAUCAGAAAGAGUCUGUGGUGAACUGGGACCCUGUUGACCAGACGGUGCUGGCUGAUGAGCAGGUGGAUGAAAAUGGUUGCUCCUGGAGGUCUGGAGCUGUAGUGGAGCAGAAACUGCUCACACAAUGGUUCAUCAAGACCACAAACUAUGCCAAGCCUCUCCUGGACUCUCUAGCAGACCUUCCAGAGUGGUACGGGGUCAAAGCCAUGCAGGCAAACUGGAUUGGAGACUGCACUGGCUGCUACUUUGAUUUCAAACUCAAGGUAAACGGGGAGGAGACCGGGGAGACCCUAUCAGCCUACAUCUCCUCCCCAGAGACGGUGUUUGGAGCGGCCUACCUGGCCAUUCUGCCCUCACACAGACUGCUGCACGGUAGCAGCUCAGUGCGUCCUGCCCUGGAAAAAGCCUUUCAGGCGGGCAGAGACUCCGUGACGGAGGUCACUGCUCGCAACCUGUUCACCAGCCACGAGGUUCCACUGAUCAUAUCGCACAAAGAGGUGUUUGACGGCUAUUUGGACACUGUGAUUGGUGUCCCAGACUGUGGUGAAGAGGAUCAGUCAGUGGCUAAAGCUCUGAAUCUUCAGUGGAUGACGGUGCUGCAAAGUGACUCUGACGGGACUCAAACUUUGAUAAACUCUGAUGAGUUCUCAGGCCUCAGCAGAGAGGAGGCUUUCAACUCCAUAACCCAGAAGGCCAGAGAACAAAAAGUUGGCGGCCACCUCACCAGCUCCAAGCUUAGGGACUGGUUGAUCUCAAGACAGCGUUACUGGGGCACACCCAUCCCCCUGGUCCACUGUGGGACUUGUGGUCCAGUCGCAGUUCCUGAGGAGGAAUUACCAGUGACCUUACCAAAGCUGGUGUCGCUGACAGGAAAGGGGGUGUCGCCGCUGAAGGAUGCUCAUGACUGGGUCAACUGUAAAUGUCCAAGAUGUAAAGGCCCAGCAAAGAGGGAGACUGACACCAUGGACACAUUUGUGGACUCGGCCUGGUAUUACUUUAGAUACACAGACCCUCGUAACCCAGAAAGGCCUUUUGAGCGUCACCUGGCAGAUCGCUGGCUGCCUGUGGACGUGUAUAUCGGAGGAAAGGAACAUGCCGUCAUGCACUUGUACUACGCCCGCUUCCUCUGUCACUUCUGCCAGGACCAGGGUUUUGUUUCUCACAGAGAGCCUUUUUGGAAGCUGCUUGUCCAGGGUCUGAUCAAGGGCCAGACGUUCAAACUGGCUGAUAGUGGGCAGUACCUAAAGAGGGAAGAAAUAGACUUUACAGGUAAGGAGCCAGUGGCGUUGAGUGGUGAUCGUGUUGAGGUGACGUGGGAGAAGAUGAGCAAGUCAAAACACAACGGUCUGGACCCACAAGAGGUAGUGCAGCAGUACGGUGUUGACACAGUUCGACUCUACACUCUUUACGCUGCGCCGCCUGAACAGGACAUCCUCUGGAAUGUCAAGACGGAUGCUCUUCCUGGGGUUCUGCGAUGGCAGUCUCGACUGUGGCAGCUGGUGACCAAGCUGAGGGGGGCUCGGCAACUUGGAGAUGUUCCCACCCCCUCCCUGCUGAAGAAGAAGGAGCUUGCAGAGACUAAGAAGAUCUGGGGGAACAAGAACUAUGCUAUCCAAGAGGUGACGUCGCACUUCACAGAAGAUUUCCUGUUCAAUGCAGCCAUUUCACGUCUGAUGGGACUGACCAAUACAUUGACUAGUGCCACAGUCAGAGUGGUGGAGCACAGUGUGGAGUUUGAGGAGGCGCUGGCCUCACUGGUGUUGAUGACUGCACCCAUGGCUCCUCACCUUGCCUCUGAACUGUGGUCAGGUCUUUGCCAAGUGAAAAACCCCCUCACUCCCCUCAUCCAGCAUGGAGGAGAUGUUCUGCAGCAGAACUGGCCAACCGUGGACCCUGAGUACCUGCAGGUCCCUGACUUUGUGGAGCUGUCUGUACUGAUAAACAACAAGGCCUGUGGGACCGUGACGGUGCCACUGCAAGUGUCUCAAGACACAGAGAAGGUGCAGCAGCUGAUCCUGAAGAGCCCGCUUGGACAGAAGCACCUUGGCGAGCGCAACAUCAAAAGAGCCAUCCUCUCUCCCAGGACUGCACUCAUCAACUUCCUCAUUGAUGAGUGACUACUUUUGUUAUUGGUCUGUCAAUGUGUGAACAUUUAUGGUGUCUAAUUGUGAGACUACAGACUCACCCCUCACUUUUAGUUUGUCAGGGAACUACGGUGGCCUUUGCAUACCAGAAAGGAUAUCGUUCUUCUUAGUUCGCAUCCUUCCUCUUCAAAGUGUGAAACACUUCCCAUGGCGACACAAGAUGACAACCUCCAUAAAUCAAGGCCCUUGCCCAUAUUACAUAUGAAAGGUUUAUUCUAAGACUAUGAAAACCAAACAAUUUUUACUUGUAUUACACUUCAUUUUCUGCCAAAAACCCUCCUAAACGUUACACAUUGGACCUUUAAGACUACAGUCUGUUUAUAUGAAAUCACAAAACUUCCUUGUAAAUAUGUCUGAAGACAUUUUUAUUUAUAUUUUUCUCUUUUUAUUAAAAGACUCGAUGAGCAGUGA